AUGCGCACGACUUCUUUAUUCAGCGCUCUGGCGGUGCUUUGGCCAGCAGCUUGCCAAGCUUGGUACUUACCAGGUGCAGCUCCACGCUCUUAUGCUCCUGGGGAUGUUGUUCCAUUCACAGUCAAUGCCCUAGCCCCGGCUGCCUCGUCCCCUGGCCUUCCACCUUCAUCGGCGCAGGGCACGGUCUCUUCUUCAACUCAGCUCAAGAGCAUCACCAGCGUCAACUACUACGAGCCCAGACUCCAUUUCUGCAGACCCCCUGGCGGAGAGGUGUCCCAAACGGAAAGUUUAGGUGCUGUGCUCUUUGGAGACCGUAUCUACAACAGUCCCAUCGAGGUGAGUAAGAAUGGCUCGUCUGCUCUCCACCAUCUCCAGAGCAGCGCGUCGGCCACUGCGAGUCAGAACGUGUGCUGGGGCUUGAAGGGAAUGCAAAUUUUGGAGUUGAAAGCGCGCACUGCGAUGCACCGAAGUAACUCUGACGGGCACCUUCGAUCGAUGCGAUGCCUCAGGCCCAUCUCCUCAAGAACGAGUCGUGCCAGCACAUUUGCACUAGUUCGGUCCCAAAAGAAGACUUUGGCUACAUCAACGACAAGAUCCAAGAACAAGUGAGGAUGACUGAUGCAUCAGUUCUGCUGCGUACAGCGCUGAUCUCGCUCUCGGCACCCAAAAUUGCAGUAUGCGGUGAAUUGGAUGGUCGAUGGAUUGCCGGCAGCGACCAAAAGGGUCGCGGACAGGACGCGAGAGAUCUGUGAGCGAUACCUCGCAGCCGCGCUUCCCUACAUGUGCGAGCUCAACAGUUACUCUGGUUGCUUCUGCAGUCUACUCGAUCGGCUUUCCGCUGGGUCGUCAAUUCGACCAUCACGGUUUGGAGCUGAAAACUCCCGCUUUGCAUAAUCACUACGAGGCCCUCAUCGAGUAUCAUCAACACGCGCCCAACGAAUACAGAAUUGUUGGGGCGACUGUUUGGCCAGAGUCGAAGGACAGCUUGCGGGGAUCAGCGGGAAGCAAGCCAGACUGCGGCAAUGUUGACUUGCUAACUUUGGACGAGAGCUCCUCGGGCGCAGGCAAGGAGGUUGCGUACACGUAAGUGGGGCAGCGUCGCCAAAUUGUAAUGCUCCGAGGAUUAAGCUUUGCGCAAUCCUGUGGAUGCUCGCAGCAUCACUACUUACUGGAUUGAGAGCAAGACGCCCUGGGCGACGAGAUGGGACAACUACCUCCGCGUCUGUGAGUGCCAUUUCGUCAUUCUUUCCAAAGCAAUUACUCGCAAGACUGACUCAUCGUUGUCUGCUUGGCAGUCGAUCCGCGCAUCCACUUCUUUGCGCUCGCCAACAGCGUCAUCGUAGUAGUCUUCUUGAUCAUCAUGGUGAGCACCAAGCCGUGCCUGUCUCUACCUGAUUGUGUUGACCUCAAUCCGCGCGCUACAUUAACACAGGUCGGCAUGAUCCUUGCGCGAUCGGUCAGUCGGGACAUCCAUAGGUACAAUGCCAUCGACCUCGAUGAGGAUGUCCAGGUAAGUUUUGCAGCGGGCUCACCCCUUCGUGCCUGCGCACACCUACUGAAAGAGAGACGAUGUGGUAACUGCGCAGGAGGAGUACGGUUGGAAGCUCGUUCACGCAGAUAUUGGAAGGACCCCAUCUCGGCCACUGCUUUUGGCUGUCAUGGUUGGCACAGGCACACAGCUCGUAGCCAUGGCGGGCGUUACCCUCGUGUUCGCCCUGCUCGGCUUCCUCUCGCCAUCCAAUCGAGGCAGUUUGGGAACCGUGAUGGUGGUUACUUGGACGCUUUUUGGCGGUGUGUCGGGCUACUUCUCAAGCAGGAUCCAUGUUAGCCUUAAUGGAGAGGACUGGAAGAAGUGCACGUUUCUCACCGCCUUUGCCUUUCCUUUCGUCGUCUUCUCUUCCAUUCUGUGAGUGCUUUGGUGCGCCAGGACUUGCCGACCACAACUUACCUGAAGCACCUCCGUACCAGCGCGAUCAACUUCUUCCUGCUGGUCUCGGGCUCCUCUGGUGCUAUUCCCUUUGGCACUUUGCUAGCGCUGGUCGCUCUCUGGUUCCUGAUUAGUGUUCCCCUCACGCUAGUCGGCUCCUUUUUGGGCAUCAGGAGCGGUGGCUGGGCCACUCCAACACGCACGAAUGCCAUCCCAAGGCAGAUACCACCGGUGCAGUGGUAUCUGAGACCGUUGCAGAGCGCCAUCAUGGCAGGCAUCCUGCCAUUUGGUGCAGCAUUCCUAGAGCUCUUUUUCGUGCUCAACUCUCUCUUUGGAACGCGGAGUGAGUUUUCCAAAAGCCUGCACCUAUCGCCUUGUUGAUUCUAGAAAAGCUAACAAGUGCCUAUGAACGCUACAUAGUCUACGUGGCGUUCGGUUUCUUGGCAUUGACAUUCAUCGUGACUGCUUUAGUGCGUACCAUCAAAGCAUCUUUGCAAAGAAGACGAUAUUGACUUCCCAUUCCAAAACAACACAGACUACGGCGACUGUCACGAUCCUGUAUACCUACUUCGCGCUGUGUGCUGAAGACUAUAGGUGGCACUGGAGAGCUUUCAUGACAGGUGGAGGAUCCUCUUUCUGGCUCUUUGCAUACGGCGUGAGUAUACCAGCUUCAGCCUCAUGCACGCGUUUCUGACGUUGGUCAUUCUGCGUCCGAUCAGCUCUUUUAUUGGGCGACAAGAUUGUCUCUGCCAGGUUUGUCCACCAAAAUCCUGUACCUGGGAUACCUGAGUCUUUUGGGCCUGGUCAACUUCUUGCUCUUUGGCUCAAUAGGCUACUUUGCGGCGUGGAUGGCCGUCAAGCGGAUGUACACUGCGGUCAGAGUCGAUUAG